UUGGCGCGGGAGGAGAACCAGUAGUUGCUCGCCGACAGUUGGAGUAGGUGGAUCCACUUCCGAUCCUCUGCCGACUUACCUUUGGUGUUGAAGGUUCUCGUCCCCUGCUGGACUUUGGCGAUUUUAUUCGAGGGCCCUUAAGAGCCCUUGCCCUCAUGGGGUGGGCACGUAGAUGUGUGUGAUAUAUUUAUGAUGUGGACACAUAAUAUGUGAGCUAUCCCUGUCACUUCCGCUGGUGAGAGAAAGGAAAAACAAGGGGGGAUUUUUACUGACAAUACAACCAAGUGGAAUGUAACCCCAAAAUUUAAAAAAUGAUGGUGUGUUGGUGGUUGGCGUGGUCCCUCCUGGUAGGCUCAGUGAGGGCCUUCUGUCCUACAGGAUGUGACUGUGACGACGUCGGUCCUAGUGCCCGUUGUGUUGGGGUGGGGGUGAACAUUGUGCCUAUUCUCUUCAACCCAGGUCUGCGUCGCCUCAACCUGGCCCACAACUCCAUCAAUUCCAUCGCCCAGGCCUUGGUGUUUUUCGACCAACUGGAAGAGUUGGACUUGUCCCACAACCUGUUGUCUUCCCUCGGAACGGGCAACUUUGAUGUACAAGUAGGACUUCGAGAGUUGCGACUGGGACACAACAAUCUCCCUUCACUGCUACCGGGAUCCCUUAGUGGCCUUUCGUCCCUGACUCUCCUGGACCUGAGUCACAAUGUAUUAAGUGAUCUUCCUCCAGCCGUUCUUGUAGAUGUUCCAAAGCUCAAUGUGCUCCUCCUAGCUCACAAUAAGCUCCACACUUUCUCUCGGCAGACAUUUCGUGGCUGCAUCAGUUUAGACGUCCUCGACCUGUGUGAUAAUUACUUCCGCUAUGUGCCAACCUUAGCCCUGGAGGACCUCAGUUCCUUAAAGGCACUUCACCUGUGUCGCAACCGGCUAACACGCCUGGAAGCGAAUGCUUUCCACAUUGCUACGCUAACCACACUCUCUCUGGAAACUAAUAGCAUUGACUUCAUUGCGGACACCGCCUUCCAUCGCCUACAGGGUCUGCUGAAACUCAACUUGAAUGACAACCUUCUGCGGGAAGUACCGACAGCAGCUUUGGCAUCGUUGCUCCGGUUGGAGUCGCUUUAUCUCAGCCGCAACAAAAUAAAAAGUUUAGAGGACGGAGCCUUCAGAAGUCUGGGUCAUCUGAAAACACUUGAGGUGUCCAGGUGCCCUUUGCUGGAGAAUAUACAGCAAAAAGCCCUUAGUCACUGUGUUAACCUCAUUUCCUUGACUCUUUCCCAUAAUUCUUUGUUGCAUCACUUACCGAGGGGUCUUUUCACUUCCCUUCCAAAACUCAAAGCCCUGGACUUGAGGGCUAAUGGACUACAGGGGCUUCCAGCAACAGAAGUCCCAUGGAGCUCACUCACGAGCUUAGACCUGCGGGAUAACCCAUUGGUGUGCAACUGCUCACUGCAGUGGCUGGCAGCGCUUCUCAGCUCAUCCAACACUUCUGUAACAGCCCCUGAUCUUCAGUGCUCAUCUCCUGAUAAAUUACGAGGAGUCUACCUUUCAAGACUGAGCCCCGGCGAGCUGCAGUGCGUGGAUCGCGUGCAGGUGGUGGUGGGGAUAGUGGUCGUGAUUGCGUCCACGGUUCUCCUCCUCACGCUCUCCGUAGUCCUCUGCAGAUAUCGCCGACGACGCCAGAGGGAUAAGCUGGGCAGGGGAUGGCCCCCUGGACCCCUGGCCCCCUGGCCUCCGGAUGAUCACUCUGCAGCCACUAGGCACAUCAUGGCGGACGACUACAUCUACCACUCGUACUCCACCGUCAGGAAAGUCCCAGUCACGAAGGUCUAAGGUCUUGAACGAGGUCCUCGAAGAAGAUCAGAGAACUCGCACCGGGGGAGUCGUUAGUAGGGGUCCGUCUACCUGGAGGAGGAGGAGGAGGAAUGUGGCUUUGAUGAUGUUGUAAGUGAGGGCUAUGGAACCGUAUCUGAGUCUUGUGGCUGAGGUUCAGUGGGGAAAGGGUCGUGAUCUUUUGCGGAAAAUCAUGGAAAUAUGACGUUCUUGAAUGCUGGAAUGAUAUCUCAGUUCCGGGAGGAAUGGACAUAACAUGUGGUUUGAAUUAUGAGCUUUCUGAAUUGAUUUGAUUACCAACAGUAUUAUAAAGACAAUAAUAUCUUUUUUCGCUUCAUAAGAAGUAUUUCUCUAAACAAGUCGUUCAAUUAUUGAUUUAUCCAACGUCAGACAUUUUGAAACAGACGAAUUCAGGUAUCAGUCGUACAGCAACCCUUCAUGAAACAGAUAGAUUCUAAACCAGUCGGUAAACUAUUAUUUUUGUAACGGCAGCCAUUCUAAAACAGACAUAUUUAUACAUAAUAAUGCAAUAACAUUUCAUAAAAACAUCUCUGGAACAGAUAGAAUAAUUUUUUUUGGAAAAUUUCUUAAACAUCAAGUCAUAAAACAUCUGGGGAACAGAUAGGUUCAUAUUCGUGGACAAUUUCUAAAACAUCAAAUCAUAAAACAUCUCUGUAACAGAUAGAAUCAUAUUUGCGGACGAUUUCUAAAACAUCUAAUCAUAAAACAUCUCUGGAAUAGAUAGAUUCAGAUUAGUGAACAAUUUAUAAAACAUCAAACCUAAAACAUCUCUGGAAUAGAUAGAUUCAGAUUAGUGAACAAUUUAUAAAACAUCAAACCUAAAACAUCUCUGGAAUAGAUAGAUUCAGAUUUGAGAACAAUUUCUAAAACAGCAAAUCAUUAAACAUCUCGGGAGCAGAUAGAUUCAUGUUUGUGGGAAAUUUAUCAAGCUUCUCUAAGCAAAUUCAAAUUUGUGGGAAAGUCUCAAGAAACACCUACUUAUAAUAAGCAGAGACGUUCCCCGGAAGGCGUCCCAGCCGCUUGACAACCGCCACAAAAGAGGCUAUUUAUUUAAUAAAGGCCGAAUCCACUCGGUUCAUUUGGUGGGGAGAAAAUUUGUAUUGUCUCCCUCGCCCCUCUUUCCUUUAUUCCGGGAGGAAAAGUCACAGGGCAAACAACGACCCUUUUGUUUGACUUUGCCGGAACAUUUACUUUGUGAGUGUCGUUAAAUUUGAACGGGAAUUUUCUCGUCCGAAAGGAAGUCUUGGCGGCGGUGGAAUGAAUCUCCGAAUAAAUGUAUGCAUUGCUCAAUGUUACGAGAUUGUUUAUUUCUGUUGUUUAAGGACUUCUGAAGAGAAGAUCUCUACAAAGGCAUUUUAACAAGUGAUUGGCUCUGAGGACGAUUUACUUUGUUUGAAUCCAUGAAAUACAAAACUGUGAAAAUAAGAUAGUAAGGAAUUAAAAUAAACGAAGAAAAAGAAAUAGAAGCAGUAAAUAUGUAAUAAAAACACCACACACA